GCUCUGGGGGCGGUGGCCCGGCAGGGGUUCGAUUUCCUCUGCGCUCCGCUUUUCCAUCCCCGUCACCGCCGCGAGUUUCGGCUGCUGCCCGCCAAGGAGCGGCCCGGCCCGCAGACCCGGUCCGACCUGCUGCUGGCCGGGAGGGACUGGAACACCCUGAUAGUGGGCAAGGUGUCCCCAUGGAUCCGCCCCGAUUCCCCGCUGGAGGCUGUGAGGAGGUUUAAUGGGGUUAAUUGGGGCUUGAUGGCUCUGCAGGGGGCGCCACACGGGGCUGUGGUGUGGGUGCGCGUGCCGCUGCUGGCCCCCGAGGACGGGCGUGAGGACGCCAUCGUUAACGAGGAGCUGCUUAACGAGGGCGACGGGCGGCAGGAGGAGCGGACGUGGCACUGGUGGAACAACUUCCGGACUCUGUGCGACUACAACAAGAGGGUCGGGCUGGCGCUGGAGGUGGGCCCAGAUUUGCCGUCGGCGGAGGCCAUCGACCGCUGGUUGGGGGAGCCUCUGCGGGCGGCCAUAUUGCCCACCAGCAUCUUCCUCACCAACAAGAAGGGCUUCCCUGUCUUAUCCCGGCCCCACCAGCGUCUGCUGGGCCGGCUGCUGAAGGUGUGUGGGCCCCUCCCCUUCACCCUCCCACGCCUCCCUUUCUCCACCGUUGACACCACGAUGUGGGCGUGGCCUCGCGGUGGCUCCGCCCCCCACGAUGAGGUCACCGCGAGGGGGGGCCGUGCCCUGACCGUAGCCCCGCCCCUUCCGGUUGCAGACCCGUCAGAGGAUAACAGCCGUUACCGGCUGCUGUCGUUCCCGGUGGGCGUCACCACGGCCCUGCACGGCUUCGCGGGGUACUUCGAGACCACCCUGUAUGGGGACGUCACCCUCAGUAUCCGCCCAGAGACGCACUCACCUGGGAUGUUCUCCUGGUUCCCCAUCUUCUUCCCUUUAAAGCAGCCAAUGGCAGUGCAGGCAGGGCAGACGGUGGUGCUGUCGUUCUGGCGCCGUGCGGCACCACAGAAGGUUUGGUACGAGUGGGCCGUGACCGAGCCGGCCUGCUCCGCCCUGCACAACCCCGCUGGCCGCUCCUACACCAUCGGAUUGUGAGCAAUAAAGACUCAGCAGUGGCACUUCCUGUGGCGGACA